AACUUGUGCGCGUGCACGUGUGCUUGAGUGUGUGUGUGUGUGUGUGUGUGUGUGUGUGUGUGUGUGUGUGUGUGUGUGUGUGUGUGUGUGUUCGAGUAGGAGUGUGUGUGUUUGAGUAGGAGUGUAUAAAACCACUACAACAGAGCGCUCAGACCUCAGAGUGGGUUCUUGUUGUUAGGGUGCCUUAUUACUUUUUAGCUGAAUUUAAAACUAUCAAACAAAAAGAAAAGUUUUCCCAUCAUGAUGUUUCCCUGCAGCGCCCUGCCGCCUCCUCUCUGCCCGGCCUUACUGCGUCCUCCCGCGGCUCUCUCCUCUCCGCUGACCCGCUCACUCCCAUCAGGCUUUCUGGUUGAAGAUUUGCUGCGGUUAAGCCAGCCCGUCAGCUACAUUCAUCGGACCGUCUCUUCUAGAAGUUUAGGGGACAUGUUCACCAUCGGCCCGGGGCUUGGCGCUUCUUCCCGGGCGUUGGGACACGGCACCGAGCGGUGUGUGCUCCAGAACUCCGGUCAGCCGAGUCAGAACAGCCCCGGCUCUCCGCAGACCGCCUGCCCGGACUCAGGGUACCUCAAGUUCGGUGUCAGUGCGAUACUGGCCCCGUCUACACGGAGCGUCCAGAGUUUUCAGACCAAGUCUUUACCUCUGCCUUUUUUUGAUGGGAGCCUCCAUCCUUUCCUCAGAGCAUCCUACUUCACAGCCUCCUCCUCUGUGGUUCCUGUACCAGGCACGUUCUCCUGGCCCCUGGCCCCCAGAGGGAAGCCCAGGAGGGGCAUGCUUCGGCGGGCCGUGUUCUCAGACCUCCAGAGGAAGGCGCUGGAGAGAACUUUCCAGAAGCAGAAAUACAUCAGCAAACCCGACAGGAAGAAACUGGCCAAUAAACUGGGACUGAAAGACUCCCAGGUGAAGAUCUGGUUUCAGAACAGGAGGAUGAAAUGGAGAAACUCCAAAGAGAGAGAGCUGCUGUCAACGGGCGGAUGUCGACAACAGACCCUGCCCACCAAAACCAACCCCCACCCAGACCUCACGGACGUAGGCAGCACUUAUUGCCAGAGUUUGGACAGGAAUGCACCCAUCAGCCAAUCACAGCUGGAAAGCCAGGAGUUGCAUAGCCAACAGCACCAACAUCAUCGUCAUCAUCAUCAUCAUCAUCAUCACAGUUCCUCCUCUCCGUCAGAGUCGAGCAAACAGUCCGAGUCAGAAAGUGAAGAAAUCACAGUCUCAUAGAGUUAUGGACACUGUUGGUUUGAUGUAAAUAAACAGAGUCUUUGAAUGGGCUCCAUACACAGCUGUGUUUUCUCAGCCUUACCCCCUCAGUGCCAUGUUUCUGUACAAUGUUGUUUAUAUCACUUUAAUAUGUAGUUCAGUUUAUCUAUAUAUGAGGUACACUGAGCUGUUUUAGAUAUUUGUAGAUUGAAAUGAUCAAAACUAUUAAAUAUUCAAAUGUUUUCUUUUCAUAUAUUUGUAUUCUUUAUAUUUCUAAUAAAACUUGAUAUAACCAAUUUUAAAAAGUCUCACUG